AUGGGAAUAUGCGCGGGCAAGUCGUCGAUAGCUUCGUACCUCAUUGAGGAGCACCAGUUCACCCGCCUACGCCUGGCCCGAACUGCUGAGACGCCUCCAGAAGAGAAGUCAGCUUCCAACACACGUGUGCCUUCGCCGGUCAAGUCGUCCGUAGACGCACAGCACACCUUCCCGAACAUCGAUUCGCUACUCGAUUUCGUCACGCUGAGGUGGAGAGAACGAUUCGUUACAACGGACAUAUGGGACGAAACGGUGGUUGAUGCCCUUCUCAGACGUCCUUUCUUCCUCCUCGUCAGCGUCGACGCGCCUGUCAGUGUGCGAUGGCAGCGGUUCAAGGCCCGAUGUGCUGCCACCGACCACACACCGCCUACUCUCGAGGAGUUCGUUCUACGCAACGACGAACACUUGUUUGCUCCCAGAACAGGCCUAAGCGCCCUCUGUCAGAGAGCACAGCUGAAGCUACUCAACUCGUCGUCCGACAUGGCUUCCCUGCGCAGUGCCAUACUGUUCCUGGAUCUCAUGGACGAGGCCCGCGUACGGCCAAGCUGGGACCAAUACUUUAUGCAGUUGGCAGACCUGGCAGCGCGCAGGAGCAACUGCAUGAAGCGACGAGUCGGUUGCUGCAUAGUACGGGAGAAGCGUGUGAUUAGCACCGGGUACAACGGUACCCCACGUGGCAUGACCAACUGCAACGAGGGCGGAUGCCCCCGCUGCAACAACGCCGCACAGGGAGGUGUUGGUCUCUCCACCUGCCUCUGCCUGCACGCCGAAGAAAACGCCCUCCUCGAAGCCGGCCGCGACCGCAUCGGCGAGAACGCCAUCCUAUACUGCAACACCUGUCCCUGCUUGACCUGCAGCGUAAAGAUAACACAAGUCGGUAUCAGUGAGGUGGUCUAUAACCAAGGCUACCUCGUGGACGACCAGACCGCCAAGAUCUUUACUGAAAGCGGCGUCAAGCUGCGCCAGUUCUCGCCGCCUGCGGACGGACUGGUAGAUCUGAGCAUCGGCGUGGACGCAUACAAGCAGGAAGAGGAGAAGGCAGACGAUGCCAGGGAACUCCUCGAUGAUAUGAACUUCCUGCGACCUGUGGACAAAUAG